AUGUCUAAGCACAUGCGAGACAAAUACGUUGCGACGUGCAACAAAAGAAAGCGCGAAAAAGUGGUAGUGAACGCGGAAGAACCGCCAAGGAAUGCAGUGUCCGAUGCUGAACGCAUGAGGCAGUAUCGGCAACGGAAAAAGCUUGCGAGAGAGACUGAUGUUUCUGGUUCCGGCACUGAAGCGGAUAGGAGUUCUCAGUUGGUCGCAGGUAUCGAUAUCAAUACGAAUGCGGAUAGAAGCGCUAACCACAUCAUGCGUGUGUCAAUCGCAAUUGAGGGCAUCUUUCUAGACGUGAAUGUCAGUUAUCAAGAGCAAGGAAGGAGAGUGCUGUUGGAGGCUGGAGACUUUGAGUCAGUUGCGGGAUUCAAGUUAUGCCAGACCUGUCGUAGCAGUUUGCAGCGAGGUACAGUACCAAAUCUGUCCACGUCGAACGGAUUCAAGUACCCAAGCUGUCCACCAGAUCUUCCGCCCUUGGAUCCGAUUAGCGAAAGGCUGAUUUCACCACGACUGCCGUUUAUGCAGAUUCGUCGUCUGCGCCAGGCACAAGGCAGUUACACCAUCAUUGGGCAGGUCAUCAAUGUUCCAGUAGAUGUAGAUGAGAUGGUUCGGGUGCUUCCUCGUCAGCUUGAAGACGAUUACGCUUUUAAUGUAUCAAUUAAAAAACAUCUAAUACAUAAAUCAAAUUACUUGUCUGGAUUUGUCAAGAAGUCGGUCGUGAAGGCUUGGCUUAAAUAUUUAGUCACCACACCAUUAUAUAAACGGGAAGGAAUAUCUCUGUGCGAGGAUCGACUAACAGCUUUUGGUGCGGACCAACAAUCUAGUUCAUCUCAAGAAAUGAGUAUGAUAGAAUUGGAGGUCAUUGAAGCAACCAACGAUGUCGAGUUGUUUGCUGGUCAGCAACAAACGCUGUUAUGGAAUGAAGAUAAAUGUCUGGAAAUUGCUCCGGCUCAAAACAAGAGGCCGAUGUCGAUUGUUUACGAUGAAAACGCUGAAGAGCUGUCUUUUCCAGAUAUCUAUUUGGGAUAUCCAAGAAAAUUCAAAGCUGGCGUUCACGUAACACCCUUCAUGAAGGCCACCAGUGAGCUGAGACGGAGUGAUAGACGUGGAGCCAAGCCGAAUCACUUACUGUAUAUGGCUAUGAAAAUUCUCCGUCUUCGAGUUACUGAGGGAUUGCAGCAUACCUACAAAUGUAUGGGAACUGCAAACAUAACGCGAGCCCAGCUGAGCGACAAAAGUUUCUUGGAGAAUCUCAUGGAACGUAAUCUGUCGUUUAUGAAAUCGAUUCCAAACUCAGUGCAGUAUUGGUAUCGACGUAAACAGGACCUUUUCGCCAUGAUUCGACAGCUGGGCAAGCCAACAAUGUUUCUGACGCUAAGCGCGAGCGAAACUCAAUGGCCACUAUUGUUGAAACAGCUGCACAAGCUCUCAAAUCAUUAUAACGGCAUCGAUUUAACAGAACCAUUGCGUGAGUUGAAUGCCUAUCAGCGAGCGACACUGGUCAACGACGACCCAACCACUUGUUGGGAUCUACGUGAAACGUAUGGCAAACAGGUUCAUGGGCACACGCGUACUUGCUAUAAACGCAACGAGAAGCGGUGUCGAUUCAACAUACCAUACUGGCCAAUGAAUGAAGAACGGUCAUUGGUACCGCUAACAACUGAUGACAGUCGCCGUGGACGAUUACGCCGACGCUCCGCAGAGAUGCGGGAAUCACUGGAAACAAAAUCAUUUGACACUCUAGAGGAGUUUCUUGCAGAUUGCAGAUGUACUCCCGAUGAAUAUCUCGAUGUGCUCCGUUCUUCGAUACAGCGCCCAACAAUUUUCUUAAAGCGCUCAAUGACGGAACUCUGGACAAACCCUUUCAAUCCUUGGAUUGCAGAGAAACUGCGUUCCAACAUGGAUCUGCAGUUUAUCCUUGACGUGUACUCGUGUGCAUGUUACUUGGUUGACUACGUCAACAAAUCGAAUCGGGGCAUAAGUGGUUUACACCGCGAGCUCAUCCUUUUGCAAGAGCAGUAUCCUGAUCAGGACUACACGGCAUUACUGAAGAAGGUUAGUUUAAAAAUGCUGAACUCUGUAGAGAUGUGUGCCCAGGAAGCCGCAUGGUACCUUCUUCGUCUACCAAUGUCUGAGGCCAGCAGAAAAAUAGAGUUUCUGCCAACGAUGUGGCCUCACGAACGGACCAGGACCAGGAAGCAGCACAAGCAGAUGGACGACGAGGGAAUUGGAGAAGAUUCUACUGACGUGUGGACAAAGAAUAUUAUCCAGAAGUAUGAAGAGCGCGACGGAUUGGAUUAUGUUUGCUUGGCUGAUUUUGCUGCUAACUUCACCAAGUGUAGAAAUACAAACAGCUACAGAGCCCGAAGCUCACCUCGAAUAUUACGAUGGUGCAAUUAUAGCAUGAACGAACUUGUUGAGUACAAGCGCGAAUCAGUCCUUCUAUUCUUACCGUUCAGAAACGAAUUAUGCGAUGUUCUCGAUGGAAACAAGUUUCUUCAGCUGUAUAAUGCGCACGAGGCAGACAUCCUGAGAAAAAGGAGAGAAUACGACUGCGAAUUGAACUUGGAACAAACUGUCGAGGAAUAUCUACGCACUUGUGAGAACGAAGAAGCUGGCGAACAGGAGAACACCGCAACUAAGAAACAUGAAGAGUUUGUACAGUCGAUUGCCAUGGAACCAAACGAUGAUGACAUUGAGCAAUUACCAACUGGAACACUGAGAGCGGUUAUAAGACAACGAACCAACGUCAUGUCGAAGCAAGAUUACUGCGAUAUGGUACGAUCCACCAAUGCGGAACAGCGCGACUUAAUUUUGCACGUAAUCGAUUCGCUACACAGCUUCACCGAUAGCAAACCAAUGCAAUUAUUCUUCACUGGACCGGCUGGAUGCGGUAAAACAUUUACACUGCGAGUACUUAUGGAGACCUUCAACCGCUUCAGUCAAGCUCAUAACUCACAGAAGAAUGCCUACGUAGCAUGUGCUUCGACAGGAAAGGCAGCCGUUGCCAUUGGAGGAACUACCGUGCAUUCUGCAUUUCGCAUCACAAUGUCACGCCGUAGUAAUUCAAAGCUAAGCUUCGAAACACUCCAACUUUAUCGCAACGCUUUCACCAAUGUUAAAGCUAUUAUCAUAGAUGAGGUGAGCAUGAUUGGCGCAGAUGUACUCAACACAAUACACGCACGCCUUCAAGAUAUAACCGGAAACUACGAUGAUCCAUUCGGUGGAAUUAAUAUAAUAUUCUGCGGAGACUUACGGCAACUACCGCCAGUCAAUGCAAGACCCGUCUACAAGGCAUGUGGAAACUCAUUCCACGGGGCUGUCCUGUGGCAAUCGCUCGACUUUUUCCCGCUGGUAACAGUUAUGCGUCAAACCGAUAUCAAAUUUUCCGAUAUAUUGACCAAGAUCGGCAACGGUUUGCGAUUAACCGCAGAAGAAACCGAAUUGAUCGAGGGUCGUUUUCGCACAGCCGAAUGGUGCAAACAAAACGCACCAAGGGCAAUUAGACUUUAUCAUCGGAACGUGGAUGUAGAGCAAUACAACAACGAAGCAUUAAACGCACAUGAUGCACAAGACUGCAUUGCCGACGAUGUGUUUGCGGGAUACAAAAAUGCUGAUCAACUCGCUAGUUCUCGUAUUAAGCUUUACAAGCUGAGCGUCGUGGAAACAGGAGGCAUGCCGUAUUUGCUACGCCUUUCAGUUGGUAUGCCUUAUAUGAUAACUACCAAUGUCGACGUUGAAGAUGGCGUAGUAAAUGGCGCUAUCGGUGAGCUGAAAUACGUUGAACAUGUUGAGGAUGACUCCGGACGACAUAUUGCCAAGCUGUGGAUGAAGUUCGAGAGCGAAGCUGUUGGAGCUGCAUUGAGGAUCAAGUCAAGACCAGCCGUUUAUUCUAGACCCGGUAUCCUGCAAUCUGAUUGGACUCCUAUUUCGAAGCGAUCUGCGAAUAUCAAACUGAGCGGCACCAUCAAAUGCAAGCGUAUCCAGUUUCCAGUCGUGAGUGCAUGUGCUCUGACUGUACACAAGUCACAGGGCGGCACAUUCUCUGAGAUUGUAUAUGACUACGACAAGGGCCAGGACCAGCAGCUGGUAUACGUUGGUUUGUCGCGUGUUUCAUCGCUUCAGGGUCUUUACCUGACUAAUCCCACCAAUGCCUUCAAGUUUCAUCACGCUAAGGGUUCUAAUUCACCGAAAAUGCAAGACCUGCGAAAUGAGCUGCAACGAUUAGGCAAUCAUCGUUUGCGUACACUUGGUGAUGAAUUAUGCGAGGUUAUAACGAAUAGUGAUCCUGCUAGUACGUUGAUAAGUCUCAAUGUACAAAGUUUGAAGGCCCACGCAAUGGAUAUCGCUACAGAUAGGAUUUUAGCUAGCGUAGACUUCCUCGCCUUUAGUGAAACCUGGCUAGACGAUUCUUUUUCAGUCGAGGUAGAAGGCUACAGUUGCGUCAUCCAAUCGAAAGGUACCGAUACGAGAGCUGGUGGAGUAGCCAUAUACAAGAAGAACAAGACAUCCAUAAUGGCUAUUCCUUAUACCAUCCAACAACAAGCACACGCCGAGGACGCUUGCGGUGACAUUUGUGCAGCAAUGGUGACGAAGCACCCGAACCAUAAUCUGCAUCUUAAAACCCUCGCUGGAAUGAGACGAUCAAAACUUGCAACGACAAUUACGGUCGAAAUGGCCCAGCCCAAAGCAUUCGCUUCACCUCAUAAACCACCACCCGAAAACAACAAGCCCAUGAUUUAUGCAGAGCUACCGAUGUCAAAAUCGUCAAACAUCGUGAGCUGGCCAUAA